GUUGGAAGGACACUAUUUAGGUGCUUCGUUGUUAAUAUUUUACGUCAUCAACGUGCGCGUAUUUGUAUAUUGAUGCAAGAUAUAAUUUUGCGAUAAUAGUUCAGUAACUAAUACAUCCGAAUAUUUUGUUGAAAAUAUGAAGUUGAAUUAAUAUCGAAAUCAUAGGAACAUGCUUGAUUAUGAUUACAUAACUGUUUAACAUGAUAAUGUAUCGAUUGUGAUGUGCCUGUCUGAACCUGACCUGUGUAAAAUACCUACUGUAGCCAACGUUAAUGCUUACUUGAUAGCUAAACUGUUACAUCAGAUCACUUUCCGUUCGUGAACUCAUAGAAUUAUACCUUUUGAGACUAUUCAGACAAUUGAGAUGGUAUUGUAAUCAUCAACAGCAUUGCCAGACAGACAUCACAUCAUGGGGGAUGAGAAAGACCUCGAGGCACUUGGUGAACAGCUGUAUGAUUUAAUUUACCCCAAACACACUGAGAUCGCUGGGAAACUCACAGGCAUGUUGCUGGAAUUACCUGCUCCUGUCCUGACUCAAAUUCAACAUGAUGAAACUAUGCUUACAGAGGCUCUCGAUAAAGCUCUAAGAGCUCUGCAACUGCCUCAGGACCCCAGCAAUAAUGGGAUUUCUAAGAAGGAUGAUGAAGCAUCUGCCUCCUCAGACUCACUUGGGGAACAGCUGUUUGAACUAGUGGACACCUGCAACACUGGCCAUACACAGAAAAUCACUGGCAUGCUUCUGGAGCAGCACAAAGAAACAGUGCAGCAUCUUCUCUCAGAACCCUCACUACUCGAGGAGCAGGUGAACUUGGCCUUGAAGACACUGGAGCUGGGUGUGGAUGAGACUGAUCUGAGUGACUUGUCAGAUGCUGAUGACAUUGAGAGGCUGGGAGAAAAGCUGUUUCUACUGGUGAAAGAGAAGGAUGCAGCACGCGCAAAUGACAUAACAGGCAUGCUUCUGGAGAUGGACACUGUAGCUCUCAGGCAGAUGCUCAGCGACCACAUAAUGUUGGAGGGAGCUGUUAAAAAGGCACAAGCAGCACUGGUAAAAUUUUAUCAAAACUAAUCAUGAAAAUAUUUAUCCACUUAAUUGAAUUUAUUUUGUGAGUGACCUUACCAUGUUAAGUAUUUGUCAUUUAAUUUUAGUGAAUCAUAUUACUUUAAGGCUUCACCUCAAAUGUAAGGGGAGGGGUUAGCAAAUGGACCAAAAUGAAUCUCAAACCAUAUGAAAAAGUGACGUGUUCCUUGUUUGCAUCACCUAGACCAGAAGAAUAAAUCACAAAAUAUAUAAAACAUGGUAGUUAAAGAUAUACAGUACUCCAGGGCUAUUUAUCUCUGGCCCUGGGCAAUGAAACACUCUAGUUGUUGUUUUUACUUGCCUGUUAACUUUUUGUGCCAGGUCUGAAUAAGUCCCCUGGUCUUGUUCCAUGGUAUAUGAUCUUUUAUAAAGGGUGGUUUGAAUUAGGGCUGACACAAUUUCAGAUUUUUAUUACCCAAUUAUUGUGGCCAGAAUAAUUAAUGAUAACGAUAUUAUUGUGAUAUCUAUAGAAUAUUAAAAGAAAGAAAUAAUGCUUAUUAGUCAAAUAUUCAACUUUGUUAAUCACGUUUUGUCUCAUUUGGCAAGUGUAGGGAGGUGGAGAGUCUGUAACCAUAACUGUACAAAUGUUAAAAAUUUAAAGCGUAUAAAAAGAACAAUUACACUUAACGGAUAGUUAAGGCAACCAGAUUAACUGAUGAACAAAAGAUCCACAAGGCCUAAUACUGAGAUACAUGUUUGCUUAGUGAAUAGGCUAUGAAAACGGCACAUCUUUGCUUUAAUUGAAAUGCCAGUGUAUAGGCCCAGACGUGUAGUUUAAGCACAUGCAUCAUUUGUCUAUAGGUGACAUGAAUAAGCUAUAGAACAACUGAAAGGAGUUUGGGGAAAAAUACAAUGUAAUGGCGCAUCUUCGCAGCUCUCUCCAGGGUGUUUUAGUGGAGCUAACACCAAUAUAUAGAUCCAGACCCGUUAGUGUAAGCACGUAUCGUUUCUCUACAGAUUACAUGAAUAAGCUUAACCGAGAGGAGUUUUUGGAAAGAAAUAUAUUUUUUUACUAUUAGAUAAAAUAGUAACCUCAUCCCAGAGGUUCUCAAUUGGAUUUAGUUCUGGGGAACAUGAAGGCCAGUCAAUGUCAUCAAUGCAUUUCGUCAUCCAGGAACUGCCUACACACUCUGGCCACAUGAGGCUGAGGAUUGUCCUGCACCAUGAGGAACCCAGGGCCCACUGCACCAGCGUAAGGUCUUACUAUGGGUCAGAGGAUUUAAUCUCAGUACCUAACAGCAGUCAACGUACCGUUGGCUAGCACGUGGAGGUCUGUGCGACCCUCCAAGUAAAUGCCU